ACACAUAAAGACAAAAUGCACUGCUCAAAAACAAAGCUUGAAUAAGUUGCCUUUAAUUAACCAUUGCCAGUACAACACGGGUAAACAGAUGCUACUGAUUGCCACGUUUGUGCUUCCUGUACUGAGCUGAAGACUGAAAACCACAUUCCUGCAGUCAUGAGGCAGGCUGAUCUGAGUCACAAGCUAGAGCGAAAGACAGGAACAAGCUGCAACGCAAGUGAAAAAUACCAAAUGCAUGAUCUCCAUGUGCAGAGAGACUUUACUGCCUUCAAGGAACUACUUUAUUUUGUACUUCUGUUCACAGGAAACAAGGGUUACAAAAGGAAUGACAAGAGAAUACAACCAUGACAGCUUUGUUAAUAAGAUGGAUUUUCAUCUGAAGCACAGGCAGCAAGGCAGUGGUGUGUGAUAGAAGCAAAACUGGAGAGUGCUGAAGGAAGCAGCUUCCCAGCUUUAAAUUCAUCUUGCUGACUUUUUACUAACUUGGUGACCUUUGAAAGGGUGGUGGACAGCAUAUGCCAGGUGAUGGAAGAGACAGAAGUAGAUGCUCAGAUCAGAGAAGCCAAAGCUGAGCCACUUUCCAACAACAGAUCCAACUGGUCAAAUGGUCAGUGUGUUGUCGCGAUGCCGAGUUCUUCAGCAUUAAAUCCCAGUUUUGAUCUGUCUCUGUGCCGUACCAAAUUGGAGAGAGAUGGCUUUGAGAUUCCAGUCAGAGACAUGGAAGAUCCACUGAAAAUAGCUCUCGAAGUCCCCUCAGUCAAGAGAUACAUGGUUUUCAACUCGGGUCUUUUCAACUUAAUCAUGGCACCAGUGCUGUAUGUGGUGGUGUGGUGUGCCAUGUUCUCCACCCUCCACCUCUAUGUAGCUGUUAGCGACUACUGGAUCCUCUGUCUGUCAGUCAGCCUCAUCUCCAUCCUCCUCACUACUGUCAUCAUCUUCAUCCUUCAUCACAGUAACAAGGAGAUCAACAUAAACAUAGAUGUUCGGUUGGUCCAGUUGAAUGAGAAGAUGGUGAAGCACAAUUUGUUGGUUGGCGUAGCUGACUGGAUCCAGAAUUGCACUGGAAAUAUGCAGUUAUACUUUGUGUAUUGGGACAUGUCCCGCUGUCUGACGACACUAACUGAAACUUUAGAGGAGCGCAGCUUCGUCAUGACUGACACCCAGAAAAAACUGGCGAGCAGAAUGUCUCAUCUUGUCCUGGUCACUGAGGUCCCAGUCAUUGACCCUGAGGGCGGUGGCUCAGACGUGGAGCAAGACUCAGACGAGCACAGGCCUCUGCUCAGAAAUGAGGACGUAGGCCGCAGUACCUCAUCUAACCAGCAGGGGACUUCCAAAGUCACUUCCAACUACAGCCUUGUGCCUGAUGCUGCCUUACCUGCUCAGGCUAAAGCUUACCAGCUUCUGAUGACCUACAGUGCAGUGUAUGUGAAGCUGCUGGUGUCUGAGAGACUGUCAGGACCAUCACACCACCGUCUGCAACCCUGGAGGAAUCACUGCACCACGGCCCCCCUCUGCCUCUGCCAGUACAUCAAAAACAAAAUCCUUCAAUAACAUGGCCAACAAGCACUUUUCUCUGGAGCCAAUGUGGAUGAAAGAUGUUCUGUUCCACUGAUGGACUCCUCGAGCGUCAGACUCUUGAUUUCCUUGUAUUUAAUUUUUUCUCUCCACCUUGUGGGCUGAUUUGUUUACUACUGUCAUGCCAGCUCUGUGUUUGCACCACCUGGAUGUUUGUUUGUCUGCACCCUGCCAAAUUCUGUCAGCUGAGAAAACAGGUCUAUCCACCAGCUGUAAAACAAUAUUUAUAUUCAGUUUUACAUGAGAGUCACAGCCAUAAUGUCUGCUCACUGCUGUUAGAAUGGUUUGUACAAAUGAUAAAUAUAUUGUAGAUUAUUUUGAUUUGACCAGAAUGAAUGACUGAAUAAUGAAUGAAUGAAUAAAUGAAUGAAUGAAUAAUGAAUGCAUGAAUUUGAGCAAACAACAAUCAUCCUGGACUUAUUUAUUCCUAUCCUCUCCUACCAAAGAGUAGUAAUGUGUAGUUAAUUAAUGAUAUUGUACUUUUUGUAAGACAAGGCUGUUUAAUUCAAACUGUGGCAUUUACCACUUUAUACGAAUACCAAAGAAACAGAAACAUUUCCUUUCUUUGCUCUGAGUGUGAGCAUACAAAACUACAUUUUAUUAUCUUUUCCUGUAGUUAAAGUAGGGCUUUCUAUAUACUGCACUGAUGCAUAUGGUUUUUAAGAGUCCAAACGAAAGCCAACAAAGAGAAAAUUUCCUUUAUUCUUAUUUUUAGAGAAAAGGGUUUAAUGUCACAAUAUUAAAGUUCAUCUGUUUAUUCUGUAAACUAAAAAAAUAAAACUGUAAACAAUAA